CUUAAGUCUCUUUAAAAGAUGUCGUACAUCAUAUAAUUUUCUUUCUAAAUAUCUACACUUUCCUUCUCAUGUCACUUUAAAGAAACAAUUACGAAAUAUUCCUAUUGAUACUGGGUGUAAUAAAAGUAUUCUACAAUAUUUAUGUUUAAUUAAGAAAGAGAUUGAUCCUAAAGAUUUAUAUGUGGUGCUUAUUUGGGACGAAAUGUCUAUACAACCUGCUGUCCAAUAUGAUCCAAAAAAUGAUAAGAUAAUUGGCUUGGAAGAUUGGGGUACAAAACGAACUAGAAAGAUAGCAGAUCAUGCGAUUGUUUUUUAUAUAAGAUGUCUCGCCUCUGGAAAGCACAUGCCAAUUGGCUACGGAUACAGUCAUAGUGCAACAAAUUCAAUUCAAUUAGCCAGAUGCAUCAAAAAAUGGUUGCUAGCACUUAUAAAGUGUGGUUUCAAACCAGUUGCAAGCGUUUGCGAUCAAGGGGGAACUAAUAUUGCAGCGAUCAAUUUAUUGAUACAACAAACGCGACCUGCACUACAUGGUAAUGAACCACAAGGACAUAUAAAAGAUAACACCAUUUUUCUUAAAAAUCACAAAAUUAUACCACUCUUUGAUUAUGUUCAUUUGCAAAAAGGCGUGCGGAAUAACUUACUAACUAAACAUUUAAUGCUUAACAAAAAUGUAUCAACAGAUUUGAAAUGUCCAUACGCCACAUGAGAUGCUAUCGAACGUUUGUAUACUAUCGAUAAACUGAACAAAUAUUCAGAUAUUCAACAACGGAUGAUGCCUAAAUUAGUGGAUAAGCAUAUCUAUCCAGCUUUGAUUCCAAAGAUGAGAGUAAGAUAUGCUGUCUAAGUGUUAAGCCAUACUGUGGCUCAUUACAUGGCUAUAGUCGUAUCUUAUAAACAAGGUAAAUAAUAAUGGUCAUUUAUCAAAAAAAUGCUGGAAAAUUUUAAUUUGCAUGCACUGUAGAAGCAAAAAAAUAUUCUGACUUUACGCAUUAUUUAUUUAUAUUGCAGGUGUUGUUGAAACUAUAAAAGGCACGAUACAGUUGCCAGAAAGCGCCGCUGCUACAUCAAGAACGCUAUUAUUCUUUGAUAAAUUAUUCGAUUCCUUUAAUGGCAAACAAGGACAAGGCCUUAGUAGUAUAAUUAGUCCACAAAGCACGCAUAAACGUUUUUGGCAAAAGGCAUUAUUUACGUUGGAUAAUAUGCAAUUUGUUGAAAAAACAACACUAAAACCAAUAAGAAGAAAUGCACCAAAGUGCUUAAAAAAUUGGAUGUGGACGAUCCGAGGUGCUGCACGUCUAUGGGAUGUUCUCCAAAGAAGUGGAUUUACACAUCUUAAUUUAAAAUAUAUAAAUCAAGACGUACUAGAAAAUUUUUUCGGCCAAAUAAAAGACGUAGGACGUAGGAAUGUCAACCCAACUCCUUACCAAUUUGGAACGGCAUUUAAAACACUAAUUACUGCUAAUAUUACGUCCAAGCAUUCCGUCUCUUCUAAUUGUGAAGAAAAUGAAACGGAUAGUUCCUUAGCAUUAAUGACUAUGUUUCGCGCAGCAGAAAUUGCACGCAUGGAAAAUAAUGACACCAACAUAGAUUGUGUUGAAGCUGCUGUACCAAUAGUAGAAGCAAGAAAUGUUUUUGUGAAUGUGCACAAAAUAUUGAGUUUUAUGCGUAAAAAAUGGAUACCUAUAUGCAGUGAUUGUGCAAAAAAAUUAGAAAAUGAACAAAUAACAAAUAUAUUACAACAAGCGAUAUAUAUAACUGAAGUGCAAUUUCCAAACUUUUGCCACAAUAUCAAAUUAAAAGAACAAGUUUUAAAUAGCAUGGCGACGGAGACAAAUUAUUUAACAAUGCACUGUAAGUCUGCUUUGAAGGAGUUGUUGGAUAUG